AUGUUGGUGUGUGAUGCGUCUGGCCCAGUUGUGAGAAUGUUGGUUUGUGAUGCGUCUGGCCGAGUUGUGAGAACGUUGGUGUGUGAUGCGUCUGGCCGAUUUGUGAGAAUGUUGGUUUGUGAUGCGUCUGGCCGAGUUGUGAGAAUGUUGGUUUGUGAUGCGUCUGGCCCAGUUGUGAGAAUGUUGGUGUGUGAUGCGUCUGGCCGAGUUGUGAGAAUGUUGGUGUGUGAUGCGUCUGGCCCAGUUGUGAGAAUGUUGGUGUGUGAUGCGUCUGGCCGAGUUGUGAGAAUGUUGGUGUUAAAUGCAAGUGGCCCAGUUGUGAGAAUGUUGGUGUGUGAUGCGUCUGGCCCAGUUGUGAGAAUGUUGGUGUGUGAUGCGUCUGGCCCAGUUGUGAGAAUGUUGGUGUGUGAUGCGUCUGGCCGAGUUGUGAGAAUGUUGGUGUGUGAUGCGUCUGGCCCAGUUGUGAAAAUGUUGGUGUGUGAUGCGUCUGGCCCAGUUGUGAGAAUGUUGGUGUUAAAUGCGAGUGGCCGAGUUGUGAGAAUGUUGGUGUGUGAUGCGUCUGGCCGAGUUGUGAGAAUGUUGGUGUGUGAUGCGUCUGGCCCAGUUGUGAGAACGUUGGUGUGUGAUGCGUCUGGCCGAUUUGUGAGAAUGUUGGUUUGUGAUGCGUCUGGCCGAGUUGUGAGAAUGUUGGUUUGUGAUGCGUCUGGUCCAGUUGUGAGAAUGUUGGUGUGUGAUGCGUCUGGCCCAGUUGUGACAAUGUUGGUGUGUGAUGCGUCUGGCCGAGUUGUGAGAAUGUUGGUGUUAAAUGCGAGUGGCCCAGUUGUGAGAAUGUUGGUGUGUGAUGCGUCUGGCCCAGUUGUGAGAAUGUUGGUGUGUGAUGCGUCUGGCCGAGUUGUGAGAAUGUUGGUGUGUGAUGCGUCUGGCCCAGUUGUGAGAAUGUUGGUGUGUGAUGCGUCUGGCCCAGUUGUGAGAAUGUUGGUUUGUGAUGCGUCUGGCCGAGUUGUGAGAACGUUGGUGUGUGAUGCGUCUGGCCGAUUUGUGAGAAUGUUGGUUUGUGAUGCGUCUGGCCGAGUUGUGAGAAUGUUGGUUUGUGAUGCGUCUGGCCCAGUUGUGAGAAUGUUGGUGUGUGAUGCGUCUGGCCCAGUUGUGAGAAUGUUGGUGUGUGAUGCGUCUGGCCCAGUUGUGAGAAUGUUGGUGUGUGAUGCGUCUGGCCGAGUUGUGAGAAUGUUGGUGUUAAAUGCAAGUGGCCCAGUUGUGAGAAUGUUGGUGUGUGAUGCGUCUGGCCCAGUUGUGAGAAUGUUGGUGUGUGAUGCGUCUGGCCCAGUUGUGAGAAUGUUGGUGUGUGAUGCGUCUGGCCGAGUUGUGAGAAUGUUGGUGUGUGAUGCGUCUGGCCCAGUUGUGAGAAUGUUGGUGUGUGAUGCGUCUGGCCGAGUUGUGAGAAUGUUGGUGUGA